AUGAAUGGUCAAGCCAUUAUAGAUGCAUCGUUGUUUAAUACUUUUAAUAUUGUAGAAGGUAAUACUCAAAAUGAUAAAGAAAUACGAUUUGGUAUUGAUUUAAACCUUAUAAAUUAUGCCUUUGAUAACUUAUCUGCCAGUACAGUAUGUUAUUUGAGUUACAAUGGGGAAGGUAGUCCAUUUAUUAUAGAAUUUGAAGAUAAUAUCAUGAGUGAAUCAAUAGAAUUCUUAACCUUUUAUCUUGAUCUCACUUACCCUUAUGAUGAUAUUGAUAAUGAUGAUGAAGGAUUUGAUUUGGUGGUGGACUAUAACGAAUUACAAUAUGAAUUGAUUCUAAAAAGUGAUGUGUUUGAGAACUUAUUAUCUGAUUUAAUCAAUAUUAAUACCCAAACUGUUUAUAUUUAUCUUUCUAAUUACUUCAAGAACGAAUUAUCAUUCAUAAGUCUUGGACCUAUUGGUCACUCGAAGCUAAUUUAUCCUUCAGAACGAAAUAUACUUGAAAAAUUGGAGAUUCAUAGUAAAGAAUCAAAUGUUGUAUCGAGUUUCAAGUUUCAAAAUUUCAUAAAAAUCUUCAAAAGUGUCAAAUUACUGAAUAAGUGUAAAAUAACUAAAGGUCUUAAUGGAGUAUUUGCUUUACAAUUGAUUUGUAAAGAUUCAAAUAAUAAUAAUUAUGUGGGGACGUUGAUAACUAUUAAUAUGUUGGAAAUAGAUAGUGAUUUAGAUAUCAGCAAUUUGAAUAUUUUUGAUGAAGUUGAAGUUCCAGUUAAGCGUAGGAAAGUUAAUGAGAUAGAGGUACCUUUGUUUUUGUGA